AUGUCGGUCCCCGAGUCUGACGUACUGAAGCCCCUGGACCCCUCCAACACCAAUUCGGACGAGUGGGAGAUAUUCGUCCUGAAAGAUGCGCGCAUCGUCUAUGAGAACAGCGGCAGACCCGCCAGUCUGCUCGCCGCAUACGCAGAUACCCCGCUCAAGGUCAACGGGCGGCUGGAGACACCUGGGCGCAGCCAGCUGAAUUACCUCCUGAAGAAACCAUACAAACCCACGGAUAUUGAGAUACGGAAUGUGACACGUUUCUCUUAUGGCGAAAUGACGGACGGCGCGUACGUGCUAUGGGCCCAGGGCAAGGCUGGCUGGUUCGAGAUCCAGCCGUCCCCACAGUACAAGCCGAUAUACGACGAAAUGAUCCAGGCCGUGGAAAUCCUAUACUUUGUCACAGACAUCUACGGCGAAGCGCGCAAGAAGGGCGGCGGUCCCAGCGCUGAACUCAUCUUCCAGGAAUACGCCGAGGAUGAGCGCUUCGCCUGUAACGAUACGGCCCUGGCAGAGCAAAUCUUUGAUCACCAUCACAUGUUCCUCAUGAUGUGCUUCUUAAACAGAGCCCAAGGCUUGAGCUGGAGCACCACUCCGCUAUACCAGCGCUUCAGAAGAAAAUUCCCAAGCGACUUUGACGACUGCAAAGCACGCAUUGAGGGACGCUAUUCUCAAAUACAAUCCGAGCGCACAUCGUCCAGGUCCAAAUCAACAUCUACACCCGCUCCUGCCACGAGGCAGGCACUCACCCCUGCAAGGUCACAGAGCGCCCGGGGGAAGACUGCGGGGUCGAACACGGCAGAAGCACCCAAGAAGGAUGAUAAUUGGUGGGAGGCUGCAGCACUCUUCGAGUUUAUGCAAAAAGCAGUCAAUCAGCGCGUUGUGCGCGCGGGAAGAAACCAAAUCACCUUGGAUCGCGUCGCGCAACUCAUCGUCAAGCGUUAUGAGAUUGAGCAAGUCGAAACUGCAAAAAACGUGCUUUUGGUACACGCGCAGAACCUCUGCUACAUGAUGGACCAUCCACGGCGGAAAGCCAUUGAGUUUUUUGCCGCAGAACCAAUAUAUGAAGAACUGGCGGCUGGUCAUACGCUAUCCGCAGUCGAGCAAAGAAGAGCAGAAGACGUUGAGCUCAAACCACGAAAAGACCACGCAACACUCAGAAACGAACAGAGCGACUCAUCCGAUACAUCCGACGAAGAAGAGGAGGACGAGAGCGAAGACACAAUACGAACACCCGUACGCCGGCCACCAGGUAGACGGAAGCAAGGACGCCUCUCGGUCUUACGGCCCAAAAGCGGCAAGUUCUCUGGCAAAAGUAAAGGCAUAAAACUCAAGCCAGGCGGGCAAAGAGGCGGCAAGGGUAAAGCGCCCGUACCAGCCACCGACUCAUCGGCAGGCUCGCAAAGUGAGAACGAAGCCAAGACCAAUCCUGAAUCAGAUACAAACACCACCCCGACCCAGGCACUCUCGCCAAGUCGCGAGAAGAGAAAGCUAGACGACACAGACACGGAACACGAAGCGCAUGUUUCCCGACGAAAACGAACAGCCAGCACCCCUCUGGCCCCUUCUUCCCCGCCCACAACCAACGAGUCAGAUUCCGCCGAAGCAGAUGCCGAGCCAACCGCUGUACCACUCCUCCCUCUACGUCAGCGGCCUUCAUCAUCCGCAGCCGGCAACAGCAAACCUACAGUCGCCCCCCACAUCGUAUCAACACCCUUGCCCACGUACGAAGCCAACGGAGCCCGCGACUCGUGGAUCUGCAGCUUCGACGGCUGCACACAGCGAAUCUACGGGUGCAGCAAGGAACUGGGUCGCCAGCUCAUUACAGAGCAUCUCGAAGACCACAGUCGAGGACGAGACAAGGUCGUUGGUAUUCUCUGGCGAGAGCAGAAUAAACUGCAUUUACCUGUCAACAAUUUGAUCAAAAAGAUUAGAGAAAUGAGCGAGGCGGGUGCACAAUUAUUCCCCCGUGCACCACCAGCUAGUUUGGAAAACGGCGGACAGGUUCGGCCGAUUGAGCGAUCUGUAUAG